AUGCCCCCUCGAGUUUCCAUCCGACCACACGAUGAACCGCCACCAUGGCGUAUGCCAGUGCUAAAGAUCGGCCAACAUCACGGAAUCUCCCUUCAGAUUGCUUUCGAAACCUUGUACAUUAUAUUCGCCCAUGUCUACGGCUUCCGCUUGCCUGCUCCCUAUAACUAUCUAUUCUUCUUCUUUCACACGGUGAUCAAGUUUCCAGAGGUGAUUUAUGUGGAUGCCAUGACCAGCAACUGGUUUGGGCGCAAUGUGGAAAAUUUGAGAAAGGCCGGAUUUUCGGACCUCCAGAUCCUCCUGAUUAUGAAUUCCAACUGUAUCAAUUCGCAGCUAUUGGGGUUUUUAAUGAUGAACUAUGUGUGUACAGAUCCAGAAAUCUUCUCCCUGUCCUACUUUUAUGCACACUUCAACGCAACCAUGAUACUACGAAUUCUGGCCAGUUUGGCACUGUCGGAAACUCUGUUUUGUGCAGCUCAUUCUCUCAUGCACAAGAAUGAAUUUCUUGCCAAAUAUCAUGUGAUGCAUCACUGCUGUGUUUGUCCCACCUGGACCACCAACCUAGUUUUCCAUCCCCUGGAUUUAUCCAUGGAAUUUGGAGGACCCGCUCUGGGGCUCUUGGGACUUCACUUUGGGGUGUUUCAAGAUCAGGCAACAUUCCUCUUGACCUACCUCAUUUUUCAACUCUGGUAUGCCUACGACCAUGAGCCGUACUUGAACUUGUAUCACAUCCAACAUCACCAGCAGUGCGAUUCGCUCUACGUCAUUUACACCAACUUUCGCGGGGACCCGAAACACAAUCGAUCGCGAGGUGUGAUGCAAGACAUGGGAUUACAAUGGCCAUCGUUGCACUCCAAAAAGUCGACAUAA